CUCCUCGCCGGAUGACUGAAUGAGACUAAUUGCGGUAGGGAUAGGUGGUGUUUACAGGAUUUGGGGGUAGUAUAAUCAAGCGCUCCGUUAUCCCCGACCGGAAACCGGCUCGAAACCGGCUCCUUUUGGGCAACCGGCUCACACCAUGACAUCAACCUCUGGACUCGUUUGCUGUCACCGCUCGGUCGCCGGUUUUGAGUGAGGUGGGGGAGGGGUAUCAAUUGCCCCGCAUGAGCUGCUGGUAUGAGAUUCAUAAGCUAUCGGCCCAUUUGCUUGUUUCGGGAGUAACUAUAAAGCCCUCGAGAGGGGAUCAUGUUGAUCAUCUCGUCAGGCUCAGUUCUUACUCUUCCUCUCCUGUGAUCCAACUUUCCACCCGAGUAGCCCUUCCAACAUAACCACCGCCACCAUGUCCAAGCCAGAGGGUAUCCCUGACAUGACCUAUCGGUUCCUUGGCCGAUCUGGUCUCCAGGUGUCGUCCAUCGCCCUGGGCGGAUGGCUCACCUACGGUGGCCACGUCGAUAAGCAGGCCACCUUCAAGUGUAUGAAAGCCGCCUAUGACUGUGGUGUUAACUUCUUCGACUGCGCCGAGGUCUAUGGCAAAGGAGAGUCUGAGGUCGUCAUGGGAGAGGCCAUCCGAGAGUUCGGCUGGAAGCGCAACGACCUGGUUAUUUCCACAAAGAUCUACUGGGGCGGUGCCUUUGGCAACAACCCCGUCAACAACAAGGGCCUCUCGCGAAAGCACAUCGUCGAGGGUACUAAGCUCGCCCUCAAGCGACUCGACCUCGAGUACGUGGACCUCAUCUACGCCCACCGACCCGAUCGCCAGACUCCCAUGGAGGAGAUUGUUCGUAGCUUCAACCACAUCAUUGACCAGGGCCUGGCCUUUUACUGGGGUACCUCUGAGUGGAACGCCGAUGAGAUUGCCCAGGCUUGGCGCGUCGCCGACAGACUUGGCCUGAUCGGCCCCGUCAUGGAGCAGCCGGCCUACAACAUGCUGGAUCGUGAGAAGGUGGAGAAGGAGUACGACAACCUAUACCGUGAGGUCGGCCUCGGCCUCACUGUCUUCUCGCCCAUGAAGCAGGGAAUCCUCUCGGGCAAGUACAAGGACGGUAUCCCUGACGACUCUCGCUUCGCCCAGACGCAAGUCGAGUUCAUCAACGGCUGGUGGAAGACCACCGGCAAGGAGAAGUGGGAUGGCAUCAUCGAGACGGUCAACAAGCUCCAGCCCAUUGCCGAGAAGCUUGGUGUUCCCCAGAGCCAGCUCGCGCUCGCUUGGGUGCUCAGCAACAAGAACGUCAGCUGCGCCAUCACCGGUGCCAGCAGCCCCGAGCAGGUGUACGAGAACGUCAAGGCUGUUGCUCUUGUUGACAAGUUGACUCCCGAGAUCCUCAGUGAGAUUGAUGUUAUUCUGAACAACAAGCCUCCGGCCUGGCCUCCGCGAUUUUAAACCGCCCCCUCCAGACCGGACACGACAGAAUAUGAAGAAUAAAAAUGGGUUAGAAUAAUAUCUAAAUAUGAAAUAAACCCCUCCUCGGAGAUACACAAACCAUUAUGCAAGCAACGCGCGGAU